AAGUGUUUGUUUUUUUACCCCAAAGAAAACCAACAACAACAACAACAAAACCUAGUACUGUUUCUCUCAUCCCAUGGAACCCAAAUGGUUGCUUUUGUUGACAAUGGCGACGCUUAUGGAAGUGGGAAACGCGCAGGAAUCGGUGAAGCCAUUGGUGAAGAUAGUGAAGGGGAAGAAAGUGUGUGACAAAGGGUGGUCACAGUAUUGUUGCAACCAAACCAUCUCUGAUUAUUUCCAGACUUACCAAUUUGAGAAGCUUUUCGCUAAACGUAAUACGCCGGUGGCUCAUGCGGUUGGGUUCUGGGAUUACCAUUCUUUCAUCACGGCGGCGGCUCAGUAUCAGCCCCAUGGUUUUGGUACCACCGGCGGCAAGCUCAUGAGUAUGAAGGAGGUGGCGGGUUUUCUUGGGCAUGUUGGCAGCAAAACUUCAUGUGGUUACGGAGUUGUUACAGGCGGGCCGUUGGCCUGGGGUCUAUGCUACAACAAGGAAAUGAGUCCCAGCAAAGUGUAUUGUGAUGACUCCUACAAAUUCACCUAUCCUUGCACCCCAGGAGUUUCAUACCAUGGCCGUGGUGCCUUACCCAUCUACUGGAACUACAACUAUGGCGAGACAGGAAAGGCAUUGAAGGUGGAUUUGUUGAACCACCCAGAAUACUUGGAAAACAACGCAACCUUGGCUUUCCAAGCAGCAAUCUGGAGAUGGAUGACACCGGUGAAGAAAAACCAGCCAUCGGCCCACGAUGUUUUCGUCGGAAACUGGAAACCGACCAAGAACGACACGUUGGCCAAGCGCCUUCCGGGGUUCGGAACCACUAUGAAUGUGCUCUACGGGGAUCAAGUUUGCGGCCAAGGCGACGUAGAUUCCAUGAACAACAUCAUCUCACAUUAUCUGUAUUACCUGGAUCUAAUGGGCGUUGGCAGAGAAGAGGCGGGACCACAUGACGUGCUCACAUGUGAAGAACAGAAGCCUUUCACUGUAUCUCCUCCUUCUGCUUCAUCAUCUUGAUGAUUCAUUUCUUACCCUCGUAUAUUUCCAUUAAUGUCAACUUAUAUAUAUAUAUAUGAGAAAUUCAGUGUGUGGGGCAGUGAAUCCAUAUUACCCUCAACAAUCGUGGAUGCUGUGUAAAUUUUGAUACUCAUUUUUACUUUUUAAUUGUAAUUGAUUAAUAAGUCAUUGAAUGAGUCACAUAGCUAUU